CGCUCACUUAGACCUCACAGGAAACUCCCGACUCCCCCGGCCCUCACACACUCACUCGUUAUCACUCACCACACUUUUUUUUUUUACUCUCACACAGUCCCACCGGCUGCACUGAGUCUGACCAGAGAGGAUGGCUGUGUCCAUGUGGAGAAUGAAUGGCCCCUGGAGAAGGAUGGCUGGAGUUCUGGUGCUCUGUGCUCUAAUGCUCAACAAUGAGGUGAUGUGUCAAAAUAGUACAGCAACAGGUGCACCUGCGCUACCUACAGACACUGCUACGACGGCUGCCGCUACUGCCCCAGAUACAGGUGCUACUCCAAAAGCUGCUGCUGCUUCUGCUGCUCCUGCAGAAAUUACACUCUUGACAACCAUUGGAGGCAUUGUUCCUGAUAACAGCAACGUUGGAGACACCUCAGGCAUCAUAGGCACCACUGCUGCCCCCAUCAUCCAAGAUAACGUUGUCCCAGAUGUCUCCCACAUUGUUAGGACAGUGGUGCCCGGUGUGGUGUGUGUCGGAAAGGAGGACAUUCCAGAAAGUAAUGCUGUCAGGGCUGUGGUGAAAACAGAUGAUUGUCAAGCAACUAAAGACAUUAUUCAGAAGAACCCUGCAAGCUGGUGCCACAAGGAAAACUGUAAUAUAAAAAUCUUCCAAGACGGCAACACAGCGCUGGUGGCGAGUGAUGAUGCUAACUUGGAUACUUUGGCUGAAGCACUCAAGAGUGAAAAUCUGAAAGAAAAGCUGGGUGUGACAAAGACUGAGACCCCGCCUUCAUCAAGUUCCGCUGUCUUUGUGGGAAUACUUGUCUCUGGUCUGCUUGCUGCCCUUGGAAUCAUUGUAGGUUACCUCAAAUGCCCACGCAGGACUGACACCAAGGGAGUGAGGCUGGCAGAGGAGGCCUAUCCAGCAGAUCAGGAGAACCAGGGAAACACUCUUGUAUCUGUGGCCCCCCUCAACCCCCCUCCAGAAGCCCCGGAGAAACCCAGCGUAAAUGGAGAGACCCCGGAGGCAGACAAGGCCCAGCCUCCUCCUCCCACCAACGGCCACUCCACCACAAAGACAGCGGACACCGAGCUGUGAAACAGUCUACAAAUAAUUGUAGCACAGGAACGACCCCCAAAAACAUAAAACCCAUCCACAUAAACACACACACACACACACACACACACACACACACACACACACACACACACACACACACACACACACACACACACACACACACACACACACACACACAUACACACGUACACAAACAUCCAAACCCAAACCCACCCCUCUUCUGAAUCCACUCCUUCCCAACCACAGUGAGUUCACUUCGAAGUGGACAUCAGGGACUAGAACAAUUUCCUACAUCAACGCUCUUCUUGUUAUGGUCCCCUUGCCUCCCUCUCUUUAGCUAUGUGCCUCAAUAAAUAUCAGGAAAACUAGUCUGACGAUGAUGGCGGUGAUGAAUGAGGUUGAUUAUGACGAAGGCUAAGUCCCUGGGUUGUUGACGGCAGUUAAGCUGGAGACGAGAGACAGGAGAUGGGCAGUUCAGGGUGGGAAGAGAGUGUAUUCGAGCAUUAGUCAGCACUGGUUCCCAUGGAGCCUGCAGCCUUUGGAGUCCAAGCCAUGUGCUGUCAACACUUAGCACGGUCUCUGCAUGUCGUCAAGUCUAACGCUACGACCAACCGUCCACCAGUAAAUACACCAUAAGCACAUCAAUGAAAUUGUUCCUCAGUUUAGUGUAUAGCCAUAACAGACUGAGGGGAAAUAAAUCACACUGCCUUGAAAAUCUGUGUACAAACUCAGAGAGAAAAUCCAUUGGACUCUGAUCUUGUUUGUCUGAUUGAGUCAUUGAUUGUGGAUGUGUGAGAAUGAACGUGCUGCUUUCAAAUCUUGCAUGUGUGUGUUAGUGUUUACUUGCAUCCGUACUGUGCCUGGACUGUAUGUGUAUCCAUACAUGCAUCUAAGCUUCCCUUGCUUACUGUAUCAGGGUUCCCACAUGUAAGCUAAGAAUAAACUACAAGGCUAUCUAGCAGAACUCUCCAAGACGGAUAGCAUUGCAGUCUGAAAUGGCUAAGUUAUGUUCAGGAUCAUAUUAAUUCAAAUGUAGUUUAUUGAGUAGCAAUGGUUUCAAAUGUGUAUUGAGCAUUGUUGAGAGAGUUAGAUAAUAAGGAAUCAGACCAGGGGUCAAAACAACGAAUGGAAGCACAAAACAUUGGCUAAAUGCUGGCAAACAGUACUUUUUUUCUUUGCACAAAUUGUGCUGCAUUGUUAAAAUAUAACGGACCAUGACAUGACAACUCGUGAUUAGCCUCGUUAAAGACUCCACUUUAUAUUACUAGUAAAUUGGAUUUAAGAUUGGUAUGAUACACAGAUAAGAAUUAGUGGCAAUUAAUUAUCCUAGCAAACUCGACUCUACCUUUGAAUCCAUUAGUCAUAAUUUCUAAGCUUAAGAAAAGAUGAUUUAUUUGAUUAGUUAUAGUUAUUGACUAUGCCAUAAGACUACCACAGAAAGGAUCAUUGUAGCGUCUGGAGAGAUCCUUGUCAGCCAAACCAGAUCAUCAAUAAAAAUGUCCUGGAAGAUUCCUGGAAAAUUAUCUUUGGAAAAGUGUGGGAACCCUGUGUUUGUAUGGACGUGUGGUUGAUGACAAGUGAUUUUUGAUCAAGUAUGGAAGUGAAUGAUAAAUCUGAAUGUGACAUUAGCCAUGAAAAGUGUACAAUAUUGUGAAAAUGAUGGCUCACUGAGAUUCCUGCGGUGAGACGAAAGAAGUGUGGAAGUUUAAAUCACCUUAUUUUCUUGAAGAGGUUUAGCCUCAAGGAAUUCUCCCAUCUAUCACUGCAAACUGUGGUGAUCAAUCACAAAGCCAACAGGCCUCUUUACAUCAUGAGACUUACUGUCUGACCAACAGACUCAUAAAGGCCUCAGAUGCAGAGCCUCUUACUGUCAACUCUGCCCAGCCAUUUGUCAGUGUUACUCUCUUUUCAAUAUACUGUGUAUGCUCUUUUUACUAUCAGUAUUCUAUUGAGCAGUGUGUAUAGUAUGAUGACUUUUUUUGUCUUGUUUUUAUUUUUUGUUUCUUCUGUAUGCCAAAGAACUUCAUUUCAUAUCUUAUGUUGUGCUAAACAUGUGUACUUCUGUGACACCUCUAUAACAUCCAGGCCAUAUAACACAAAGAAAUGUGUCUAAGGGCUGUUAGAAGGAAAAGUCUAACAUCCAAAAUCAGUUUGUUUGUCCUGUAAAUGACGUUUUUACUGACAUACCGAACAUCAAAUACAAAAGGAACUUGCAAUAUUUUGUAGUUGAACCAGGGAAAAGGAAAAAUAUUCAGUUAUAUAAAUGGAACGUCUUGCAUGGAUUUCUGCUUCCACUCCAUUUUUUCUUUUCAUUGCUAACAUUCCAAUGUGACUGUUUCAUUUUACUAGCACCCUGUAGUUAAAUUUGAUUAAAACAUGAAGAAA